AUGGAAUGUACAAGCAACCCCGAGAACCAGAACACCUGGCGUCAUUUAGCUCACCAAGGUCCAACCAGAGAGCUUUCAAAAAUACGCGAAGCUCCUGAAUGGCAUCAAUUUGCAAAUCUUGAAGUAACCCGACCGACCGGUAGAAUGACCGCUCCCCCUUUGGUCAUCCGCAAUCUUACCUUCAAUUCCUUUGAAUUAAAGCUCCUCGAGCGCUUUGAAGCGGCUCAAUCGUCCCCUAACAAGGGUGGGGGUCUCGUCACUCGCACUCUAAGUGGUCUUAUGAGCAAUAUCACAAGUCCAUCUUCACACCAGCUUGCUGCCAAGUCCGAGAGUUUUAGCAACCAUAAUGUGUCUGUACCAAUUGGCCCCUUCGAAUCCAAACCCACCGAUAUCCAACCGAAUGCCAAGGAUGUCUUACGAUUGACCUUCGAGGUCGAGGGACAGAGAUACAGAAUAGACACCCCGACUCCCUCCCAGCGCUCGACAGUUCUUACACCACUCUCUCCCAACCCGCUGUUCGAAUUCACUGGUGUAUACCUCCCACAAUCCUCCCAUCUCGCGCUUUACUCUUCCGCGAAUCUAGAAUCAUGGAUGAGCAAACAUAUGAACGAAACGCCCCUUUCAGCACUCAGUAUUCCCGGUACACACAACUCACCAACGCAUCAUAAAGCCCUCCCCUCUGUCCGUUGCCAAGCAGUCAGCGUAAAAGACCAGCUCAAUAACGGGGUGCGCUUUCUCGAUAUCAGAGUCCAGCCCGAAAGCCCCGACGACUCCUCCAAAGACGGCCUCAUCCUCGUCCAUAGCGCGUUCCCAGUCUCCCUGACGGGCACCAAGUACUUCCGCGACCUAAUCAAUACUGUGUUCGCCUUUUUAAAUGACAAUCCGACCGAGACAAUCAUCAUAUCUCUUAAGCGCGAAGGAGUUGGGAGGUCUACAGACCAACAACUUAGUAAGAUAUUGAAGGACCACUAUGCCAAUGAUCCAAAUCGUUGGUUUACCGAGAACCGUAUCCCAAUUCUAGGAGAAACUCGAAGCAAAGUUGUUCUCCUGCGGCGGUUUUGCCUUGACGAUUCCCUAAAAGGCGAGAAUGGCGGUGCUGGCUGGGCUAUCGACGGCGAAUCUUGGCCUGACAACUGCGCCGACGGGACUUGCUCAAGUGGUGAGAUCCGCGUGCAAGAUUUUUACGAGGUCGCCGAGAGUAUGAACAUCGAGAAGAAAAUCAACUUCUCCACAGACCAUCUUAAGAAAGCUGCUCAAGGUGUUUGUUCGUUACCAGGUGGUGCGAAUGCUGCUGCUGCGGAGGCGGCCAAGCAGCCGUUCUUUAUCAACUUUUUGAGUGCUUCGAAUUUCUGGAGAGCAAAUUGCUGGCCGGAUAAAAUUGCGGCCAAGGUAAACCCAAGUAUCACUGAUUUCCUAUGUAGGAGGCAUAAUGAGCCUUCUGAGAUAGGGGGCCCGGAUGGGGGGGAAGGUAGGAAGGUAGGAGAUGGAAGUACUGGAAUUGUGGUUUGCGAUUGGGUUGGUAAUAAUGGGGAUUGGGAUUUGGUUAGAUGUAUUGUUGGGAUGAAUUCCAAGUUGGAGUUAAGGGACUGA